AUGAAUCUCAAAGACUCACCCUCUAAUGGGUUGGAGAGGACGACAGACGCUAUGUCUCCGGUAGACCGAAAACUGUCUGUGGCCUCUGUUUCAUCAAACCAAACAGAGGGGUCACAUUACUCUUAUUAUUCUCUGAACUCACAACAGUCGGGCGAAUCUCAUACUUCAUCGGUGCUAUUAAACCCAAGUUUUUCUGGUUUAGGUAAACAAAGUAUUCAAUCCAGUGUCUUGCACUAUAUCAAAAACCACGAGCACGAAUUUAAUACUAAUGAAUUGUACGAAGAAAGACAGCAAAGUCAUUACUUAGGAAAGAAUAUGACAGUUGAAGAAGAUAAUUUGUUUUCAAGCAAAAAAAACCCCUUGUUUUCUACGAGUGUUGGUCCUAAUGAAAAUUUUGAUGACGAAACCGAUAGUUUAAUAGAAGACAUCUUUUUUGCUGAGACAGAUUCAAAUAGUGAGAGCAACGUCGAUGGAGAUGAGACGACAUAUAUUGAAGAAACCAGCCAUGGGGAUGACUCAGAAGACUUUUAUGAUGACGAAAGUGAUGUGGAUAGUGAAGAUGUGGACGAUGAUGAUCUCUUGUUUCCUCCAUCGCCUCCUCGAUCACCUCCAAAAGAGUUAGAUCCCGAUAAAUUAUAUGGGUUGUACGACUUUUCGGGCCCCGAUCCUCUGCACUGUACUCUUUCAAGGAAUGAGCCUGUGUAUUUGAUGAAUGAUCUGGAUAACUACUGGUGGCUAAUACAGAAACUAAGCAAAGAAGAACGCGUAAUGUAUCGUCGAAACCACGCGAAUACAUGUGAUGAUGAAAAUGAAAUAGAGUCCGAUGAAGAGGACGGUAAGAUAGGGUUUGUCCCGGCUGAAUGCUUAGAAACUUUUGGAGAAAGGUUGGCGCGUCUUAACUGUUUCAAAAAUGAAGAAUUAGAAAAGCUUUCCAAGGAGAGUCAUUCUUAUGUUAAUUUUACAAGCGACAGACUCAAUAUAAGUGAUGAAGAUUCUGGUAGUGAAUACGAUAAGCAGGAAACGCCUACGCCACCAACUACUAAUUCCAGUGAGCCACUGCUAAUAAGAAAGUACUCAAAAAACCGAGGAACUGGUAAAGCUGUCACAUUCGAGAACUUGACAGACGUUGAUUUAGAUUUAGACAAUAACCAAACUCAUGAAGUCGAUUUUGAUAGCCAUUACUUCGGAUUUUCUAUCCAUGAUUUACAAGCCGCGAAAGAAGAAGAGAAGUCAUCGGAAGUAUUAAGUGACUUAUAUCCAGCAAAUCUGCCUUUAAUCAUCAAUAAAUUUGAUAAAAAGACAAAGAGCUCUUUAUUUCAUGAAAAAGCGCCCGAUGAGGUUUCGGAAAAUUCUUUGGAUACCUAUCGACCACCUAAUGUUCCAAGAGACAUAGAUGACAUCUCGAUUGGCUCAUUUUCUCCUGACACUCCCCUGUCCGCAUUUUCCAAGAGCUCGCCAGCUCUGUGUGGGCCGUCCAAUGAGGAUGAGAUAAUGAUUGGCCGUCUUAGAAGGUCUGCGAUACUUGAUCAGCUUACAAAAGUUACUUCAGAUCUACAAGAACUUACAUUUGAUGAUGAUGAUGACUAUAAUAAUAAUGAUGAAGUGUAG